UGACGGAGCCACAUCAGAUCUGACACGCUUGUUUCCACGGUGACAACAUGGGUGCAGUAGUUGGCACGCUGACUAUGCAGACCAAACAGAGGAGACCAUCCAAAGAUAACUUUGAUGAUGAUUUUGAGAUGACAAUGGUCUGUCAUCGUCCAGAAGGGCUGGAUCAGCUGCAGGCUCAAACCAACUUCAGCAAAAGAGAACUGCAGGAGCUCUACAGGGGAUUUAAAAAUGAAUGCCCUAGUGGAGUGGUGAAUGAAGAGACCUUUAAGCAGAUCUACUCACAGUUCUUUCCUCAGGGAGAUGCUAGUACGUAUGCUCACUACCUGUUCAAUGCCUUUGACUCGGGCCAGAAUGGCUCCAUCAAGUUUGAAGACUUUGUGACAGCUUUGUCCAUCUUAUUAAGAGGUUCUACACGGGAGAAACUGCAGUGGACCUUCAACCUGUACGACAUCAACAGAGAUGGCUACAUUAACAAAGAGGAGAUGACUGAUAUAGUAAGAGCCAUCUAUGAUAUGAUGGGAAAAUAUACUUACCCUGCUUUGAGGACGGACACCCCCAAACAGCAUGUGGACGCGUUCUUUCAGAAAAUGGACAAAAACAGAGACGGUGUUGUCACUCUUGAUGAGUUUCUUCUUUCCUGUCAAGAGGAUGACAACAUCAUGAGAUCUUUGCAGAUGUUUGAAAAUGUGAUAUAA